AUGGCUCUUCUGAAGAAGGAUAUUGCCAGCUUCCAUCAUACUCGGCUCUUUAUUUCUUUUUAUGCAUCAAUAUAUGGCUUCCUGAAUGGGUGCUUGCCCAUUGUCAGCCUUGGUGGAAUCCAAUUAAAAAGCAAAUACCUUGGUACCUUACUUGCAGCCACUUCUUUUGACGCUGAUGGUGGGUUGUUUCCAGUUGCAUUUGGUGUUGUUGAUACAGAAAACGAUGAGAGCUGGAUGUGGUUCUUGUCAGAAUUACAUAAGGCUUUAGAGAUGAAUGCUGACACUAUGCCAAGGCUCACUUUUUUAUCAGAUGGACAGAAAGGCAUUGCAGAUGUGAUAAGGAGAAAAUUUCCAAAUUCUUCUCAAGCACUCUGUAUGCACUACUUGAGUGAAAGUGUUGGCAAAGAGUUCAAGAACUCAAGGCUUGUGCAUGUUCUUUGGAAAGCUGCAAAUGCUACGACUACUCUUGCUUUUAAAGAUAGAAUGGCUGAAAUAGAAGAUAUUUCUUCUGAAGCUGCAAAAUGGAUACAACAAUUUCCUCCUUCCCGCUGGGCAUUAGUACAUUUUGUAGGAACACGGUAUGGCCAACUCUCUUCAAAUAUUGAGGAAUUUAAUAGAUGGAUUCUAGAAGCUCGGGAAUUGCCCAUAAUCCAAGUGAUUGAGCAAAUUCACCGUAAACUAAUGGCAGAAUUUUUGGCCCGGCAUAUGAACAGCAAUUCUUGGUAUUCUGUACUUGCCCCAUCCGCUGAAAAGCGUAUGAUAGAAGCCAUUAACCAUGCGUCGAAGUAUCAAGUCCUUAGAUCAGAUGAAGUAGAAUUUGAAGUUUUAUCAGCUGAGAGAUCAGAGAUUGUGAACAUUGGGACUCAUUGUUGCUCCUGUCGAGAUUGGCAGCUUUAUGGAAUACCUUGUUCACAUGCUGUUGCAGCACUCAUCUCAUGUCGGAAAGAUGUAUAUGCCUUUACAGAGAAAUGUUUUACUGUUGCCAGUUACCGAGAAACAUAUGCAGAAGAAAUUCAUCCCAUCCCUGAAAAAAUUGGAUGGAGAAAGAUUGGUGAGGGCUCAGAUGAUGACACACAGGUUGUGCGACCUCCCAAGUUUCGUCGACCACCAGGACGUCCAGAAAAGAAACGAAUCUGUGUUGAGGAUCUUAACCGUGAAAAACAAACAGUGCAUUGCAGUCGGUGUAACCAAACUGGACAUUACAAGACAACUUGCAAGGCAGAGAUGAUGAAUAGUAUUGAACAGUUUUAG